CUCAUCCCUCCCUCUCUCCCUCCCUUUUCCAUCCAUCCUUCCCUCCCUGCCUUCGCCAUCCCUCCCUCCUCCAUCCCUCCCUCAUCCCUCCCUCAUCCCUCCAGCGCUCCCGGCCGCCCCGCCGCACCCAUGGAGGCCGGCGCAGGUCGCUGAGCCCCGAACCCCGGCGCUGCCGCCCCCGACAUCGGCGGGGCCCCGCGCAGUUCCCUGUGCCCAGGAGCCGUGGCACCGCGGCCAUGUCCGUGCCGGGGAGCAGACGCGCCUCCACAGGAUCCCGAAGGUGAAUAUGCUUCAGCCUCUGGCCUCGGGACUGGACACCAGCGCCUGCAGCCGGGAUGAGACGAUCCCCACGAUCCCCACACCUCCACCAGCAGCUGCCACUUCGCAGCACGAACCCCCAGCCCGGCUUUCGGGGGUUUGCAUGGCACUGCCCGCUGCACAGCACUUCCCUGGCCGUGCAUGCAGCUCCCCGAGUGCUGCACGCCCUGUCCCUCUGUCCGUCUGUGCCACAGCCAGGACCGACCCCUCCGUCCGUCCAGGCGAAGGCAGGCAGUGGUGGAGAGCACUGGGUUGGGGCAGUGAAACUGGGAGUCGCGGGCUUUAUGGACGGAGUGGCUUUGCCUCCUUCUUUAAGUCUUCAGCGCCCUCAGCCACUCGGCCUGAGACACAGCCUCUUCUCCCUGCCUCCAGGCGCCCCUCGCCCCCCGGGAGGGACACCUACGGCACCUCCUCGCUGAGCAGCAGCAGCAAUUCUGGCUCCUGCAAGGGCAGCGACAGCAGCCCCACCCCAAGGCGCUCGUCCAAGUACAACCUCUGCAGUGACAACCAUGGGAUAAAGCCACCGACGCCGGAGCAGUACCUGACACCCCUGCAGCAGAAGGAGGUCUGCAUCCGGCACCUGAAGGCUCGCCUGAAGGACACACAGGAGCGGCUGCAGGACAGGGAUGCUGAGAUCGAGGACCUGAAGACGCAGCUGUCACGGAUGCAGGAGGACUGGAUCGAGGAGGAGUGCCACCGCGUGGAGGCCCAGCUGGCGCUCAAAGAGGCUCGCAAGGAGAUCAAGCAGCUGAAGCAGGUCAUCGACACAGUGAAGAACAACCUCCUGGAGAAGGACAAAGGCCUCCAAAAGUAUUUUGUGGACAUUAACAUCCAGAACAAGAAGCUGGAGACGCUGCUGCACAGCAUGGAGGUGGCCCAGAACGGGGCGCCGAAGGAGGAGGGUGCCGGGGAGUCAGCCGGGGGGUCCCCGGCCCGGUCCCUCACCCGCAGCUCCACCUACACCAAGCUGAGCGACCAGGGAGCCGGGGACCGCAACGUGGGGGGCUCGCAGACCAUCUCGCUGGACGAGGGGGCCGACAGCGGCUUCGUGGGGAUGGAGGAGGCUCCGGGCCACACGGACCCGCUGGAGGUGGGGGGUGAGCCCGGCACCCGCCUGCCCCCCAGCAACACCUACGAGAAGGUGCUGGGACUGCGGAGCAGCGUGGAGGCAGGGGUGCAGGCCAGCUGCAUGCAGGAGCGGGCCAUCCAGACGGACUUUGUGCCCUGCCAGCCCGACCUGGACACCAUCCUAGAGAAGGUGAUGAAGUCCCAGGCCUGCAGCUUGGGCAGCCCCACCUCGGCCUGGGUCUCUGAAAUGGAAGACACGAUGCCCGUCCCCGAGCUCGCCAACCCCAGCGGGACCACGGACCUGAUGGUGGCCGAGCCCGACGCCGCCACGGCGGCUGCCGGUGCCGAGGGGGGUGUCCCCUGCAACCCGGCGGUGCGGCAGCCCCCCAGCGCCAGCCCCUCGGUGGCCAUCGCCUGCGUGGCGGAGGAGGAGCUGAUGGAGGUGACCGGCUGCGAGACCAACCCUUCCAAGAGCUACUGGAGCCGCCACUUCAUCGUGGAUCUGCUGGCGGUGGUGGUGCCGGCGGUGCCCACGGUGGCCUGGCUGUGCCGCUCGCAGCGGCGGCAGGGCCAGCCCAUCUACAACAUCAGCUCGCUGCUGAGGGGCUGCUGCACCGUCGCCCUGCACUCCAUCCGCAGGAUGGGCUGUCGCCCCGUCGCCAGCCCCGGGCCUGGAGGCUCUGCCCAGCCCUGACCCCUCCAACGCCCUCCACCCGCCCCACGGACCCGACUGCUGAUUGUAAAGCCCCGGCGUGGCACUGGCGGGUGGGAAGGGGCCGAGGGGUCCCUGGGUGCAUCCAGGUGUGCUGCCCUCCGCCCUGCUCCUGGAGGAGGGAAGGAACCGUUGUUGGAAGAUGGGUGUUGGCACCCAGCGUCACCCCCCGCUGAUGGACACCCCUGCCUGUGCCUCUGGCUGUGGGGGCUGUGGGGCUGCACCCACCAUGGGGGCUCUCCCUCCAUCGCACUUGCUUCUUGUUUGUCGCCGGGGCCGGCCAGUGAUGGCGAGGAGCCACUGGCAGCGUGGAGCGCUGGGGAUGCAGCGGUUCCUUGCUCCAGGUGCAGUGUCUGUCUGUGGGCAGGGGGAUGGGGGUCCUGUCCAGACACAGGGGUCAGCUCCAGAGCGGUUCAGGCCAGCCCCCCAUUUCCUAGGAGAUGCCUCCCCACACUGGGAUGGAACUGGGCUGCAGCUCACGCACGGAGCCCCCCGAGGAAGCCGUGGGCUCUCCCUCCCUUUGCUUUGCACUAUAUUCACUUUGUUUUGGGUACAGACUGAAGCCCGGCUGUUGGGACUCUGGCUGCCACGGGGCGGGCCGGGGGCUGCUGCAGUUCUGGUGGCCGCGAUGCCGGUGAUCCCACCUCGGGCUGGAGCUCGGAUGCCUUUGCUGGGGUGCGGGCAGUGCCGUGCAGGCAGAGCCAAGCCCUUUGCCCACCCAAACCCCCGCUUUGCUGGCGGCCUCCGGAAAAAUGCCUUUUUUUUGUUGUUGAAACACAAAGACAGCAAGGAUUGCUCAGCGGGGCUGUUGGGGCGCGGGACUUGGGGCUCCCCCGGGCGUGCCGCACUCCCACCCCACGAAUGUCUGUGGUUUCUUCGUGACUUGAACUAACAGUGUUUCCCCCAACCCCAACCCAAUCCCACUCCCCCACCCAUGGGUGCCACCAGCCAGGUGCCCUGGCACGGUGAUGCUCCACACGCCGAUGUCCAGUGGUCCCCAGAGGGGCACGUGCUACAUCCUGUGUGCCCCACACUUCCUGCAUCCCCCUUCUGCUGGCUCUGCCUGUGCUGGGGGGCAGUGGGGACAGCAGCUCUGCCACCAGCACAGCACCAGGUGCCAGGAAAUGGAUGUGGGGAGCAGCAGUGUUCAGGCAGCCGGGGCAGAUGUAAGCGGAGCUGGGAUAUUCGCCUCUCGUGCAAUGUAUUUGUGGAUCUGUGUACACGUCUGUUAGGCUAUCCAAAGCUUUGCCAAGAAAUAAAUGUAACGACUAUAUUUGAAAGACAAA